AUGUCAAAAAUUAGGUUUUUAAAAAUAAAUUGCAAAAUUUUUGAAAAACUCAAAGCUGUAACCGAAAUUUUGUGAUAUCUCAAAAACUUGGUCACACUGUUAUCACAACCCCGCACUCACGGUCCAUCUCUAAAUCGCGCGCGCUUGCCGCAUUUUCUGUUAUUCUGUUUUUUUUUUUGUUGGAACUUACCGCGUUACUGUGAUCGUUGAACCCCGGCGGAAUGGCGGCUCUGAGCAACCUUAAGCAGUGUCCGCCGUUCUCCAAUCUCUCGGAUCUGUCGCUCCGCCACAACCCGGCGGAGCUGGAACGCUAUCCGGUUAUCAGUCUGCAGAAUGAAAUCUCCACAAAUGCGGCGUCGCACCGCUACUACGGCACCCAGAGCUUCGUGGCUGUGGAUGAGCGUGUCCUGAAGCGGAUCACCCGCACCUUCUUCGACGGCGGCUUCUGGGAAGCCCUGGCGGAGGCGAGGAGUACCAGAAGCCGGGAGCAGGCGCCUCGGGUAGCCCUGGUGGGCGACUGGAUUGACAAGUUCCUGGGUCUGGCCGGCGGACUAAAGCUUAAGAUCUUCCCCCACACCCAGCAGCUUAGCGGCGAAGUGAUAGCCCAGUUUGUGGAGACCAGAGAUUGGCUGAACAGCGACGUGCGCUAUGUGGCCUGGCACUGCCACUACUUCAAGCUAGCCGUGGCGGGAGUGGACGAUGUUGUCCGGAUAUACUCGAAGAACGUGAAGCAACCCAUAGUCUUGAAGAGCCCCUCCCAAACGGAUAUCACCUGCAUGGCCUGGCGACCACUCUGCUCCGGGGAAAUAGUCAUCGGCUGCCGGCAGGGCCUGUGCUUCUGGAAUGUGGACAACAGCCUGCAGCUGGGACGCGCCAAUGCCCCCAGCCAGUCAUUCAGGCAUCCCUCAAACCUGCCCAUUACCUCCAUGCAGUGGAACAAGGACGGCACCCUGCUGGCAACAUCCUCGAUCGGAGAUCGCUCCAUCACCAUCUGGCAGCCGGACAACCGGACAAUGCAGAGCCUGAACCGCCUGGGCCCACCAGGGGCGCUGAUCAAGUGGUCGCCGGAAAACGACUGGCUCUUUGCCGGCACCGUGGACCGGGUGUUUCGGGUGUGGAACUGCAACAACAAGUGGACCACGGAGCGCUGGGUGUGCGGCCCCGGUGGCCAUGUCCAGACAGCCUGCUGGUCGCCCUGCGGACGCUUCCUGCUCUUCGUCAGCAGCACCGAGCCCAUCCUCUACCGCCUGCAGUUUGUCCAGCAGAGCAUGCUUCAAGCCUCCGCUGAGGAGAAGGAGGUCCUGCCGAUAGCCGACCUGAAUGCCUGCAGCAUCGAUGCCAGCCAGACCCUGAUCGGUGGGCCGGCCCAGCAGCUGGCGUGGGACCCGCACGGCAACUACCUGGUGGUCACCUUCAAGUCCACCAACAGCAUCGCCGUCUUCCGCACCUUCAUCCAGAAGUUCGACCUGCAGAUCUCGGCGGCGUACUUCCUGAGCGGCGAGACUCCUGCGGAGCACCCGAGCUUCAUCUGCUUCCAGCCCCUCUACAGGGACAACGACCGAUCUGUCCUGACCAUUGCCUGGUCGUCCGGCCGCGUCCAGUACUACGCCUUCGACUAGAUCUUCGUUUGUUUUUGGAAUAGUUUAGUUUUUAUUUUUUAUUUGGUUCUUCUAAGUGUUGGUUCACAAUUGAAUAAAAUAACACUCGAUAGUC